AUGAAUGAGAAGGAGCGACAGUCGGGUGAGCAGGAGCGCAAGGCCUCUUCCGAGCCCGUCCUGCCCACCGUCAACCCGGCGACGGAGAAGCCAGAGCCUCCCAAGGCCAGCUUACACCCGGCCUUCUACAUCGCGACCUGGAUAUCCCUCUCUUCCAGCUUGAUCAUCUUCAACAAAUGGAUCCUCGAUACCGCCAAGUUCCACUACCCCAUCAUCCUGACCACAUACCAUCUGGCCUUUGCAACCGUCAUGACCCAGAUCCUGGCCCGCACCACCACCAUGCUCGAUGGUCGCAAGAAGGUCCCAAUGACUGGGAGAGUCUACCUGAGAGCCAUCAUGCCAAUCGGCCUCAUGUUCUCGCUCUCCCUCAUCUGCGGUAACUUGACCUACCUCUACCUCUCCGUCUCCUUCAUCCAGAUGCUCAAGGUAAGUUCUAGCAAGGGAUAGAACCGCGCACUAGCUCACUCCAUACAGGCGACCACGCCCGUCGCUGUCUUGCUCGCAUCCUGGACCUUUGGAGUCUCGCAGUUCUCCCUCAAGACUCUUGGUAAUGUCUCCUUCAUCGUCAUUGGUGUCAUGAUCGCAUCCUACGGCGAGAUCAAGUUCGUCAUGAUCGGCUUCCUCUUCCAGCUUGGAGGUAUCGUGUUUGAAGCCAUCCGUCUGGUCAUGGUCCAGCGCUUGCUCUCCAGUGCCGAGUUCAAGAUGGAUCCGCUCGUCUCGCUCUACUACUUUGCGCCAGCCUGCGCCAUCAUGAACGGCGCGGUCGCAUUGUUCGUGGAAGUGCCCAAGAUGACUCUCCAGGACGUCGCGAAUGUCGGCUACGGCAUCUUGUUCGUCAACGGUGCUAUUGCCUUCCUCCUGAACGUCUCGGUCGUUUUCUUGGUAAGCCCAGAACACAAUGAUACCUCUGGUGAAAACCUCUAACUUAGUCUCCACAGAUCGGCAAGACCUCCUCCCUCGUCAUGACCCUCUCCGGUGUACUCAAAGAUAUCCUCCUCGUCCUCGCCUCGAUGGCCAUUUUCCGCGACCCCGUCUCUCCUCUUCAAUUCUUCGGCUACGGCAUUGCCCUUGCAGGACUUGUCUACUACAAGUUGGGCGGUGAUAAGAUGAAGGAGCACAUCGGACAAGCACAGAUGGCAUGGUCCGACUACGGCGUCCGACAUCCCGCCCUCAGGAAGCUCAUCGUCUUCGGACUCGUGCUCUUCACACUGUUCCUGCUUCUGGGCGGAAUCUCGACCAGCGGAUACGUCCCGCCUCAGUACAACCCGAGCAAGAUCGCAGCCGAUCAGUACAGCCAAUGGGCUAACAAGAUGAACAACUCAUAA